UAGGUGAAACAAUAUACAAUCCUAGCCGUCGAUCUACACUUUCUCUUAGGGUUUUUGGUAUUUGAACGCCUUCAUAUUCAAUCUUCACUCGUUGCCGCUGUAAUCUCUCUUUCCUCCCCAACACAUUCUCCCCGGAGGCAAUCAUGGUUUUUGUCAAAUCACAAAAGUCACGAUCCUACUUCAAACGGUUUCAAGUCAAGUUUAAGAGAAGGAGACAGGGUAAGACUGAUUAUCGAGCAAGAAUCCGUCUUAUUAAUCAAGACAAAAACAAGUACAACACACCAAAAUAUCGUUAUGUUGUGCGAUUCACCAACAAAGAUAUAAUUGCACAAGUUAUAUCUGCAAGCAUUGCUGGUGAUAUGAUCCUUGCAUCAGCAUAUGCUCAUGAGCUACCUCACUAUGGUCUCAAAGUAGGGCUCACAAAUUAUGCUGCAGCCUACUGCACUGGACUUUUAUUGGCUCGCCGUGUCUUGAAAAAGCUUGAAAUGGAUGAGGAGUAUGAGGGAAAUGUUGAGGCAACUGGUGAGGAUUACUCUGUUGAGCCAGCAGAAAGCAGGAGGCCUUUCAGGGCUCUUUUGGAUGUUGGGCUUCUCAGAACCACCACUGGAAACCGUGUUUUUGGUGCCCUUAAGGGAGCUUUGGAUGGUGGACUUGAUAUCCCUCACAGUGAGAAGAGGUUUGCUGGAUUUAGCAAAGAUGGUAAGCAACUUGAUGCUGAUGUUCAUCGCAAGUAUAUUUAUGGUGGACAUGUUGCUUCCUACAUGAGGACUUUAAUGGAGGAUGAGCCAGAGAAGUAUCAGACUCACUUUUCUGAUUACAUUAAAGCUGGAAUUGAUCCGGAUAACAUUGAAGAGAUAUACAAGAAAGUGCAUGCAGCUAUUCGUGCGGACCCCACACCAAAGAAAACUCAGAAGCAACCUCCUAAGGAACACAAGAGGUAUAACUUGAAGAAGUUGACAUAUGAUGAGAGGAAGCAAAAGCUUAUUGAGAGAUUGAAUGCUUUGAAUGCUGCUGCUGGAGCAAAUGAUGAUGAUGAUGAUGAGGAAGAUGAUGAGUGAAGAUGAUAAUGAGAUGUUUGGUUUUAAAAUUAUAAUUUUUGGAAAGGAGAGAGUAGUACUUUUGGUUGACUUUUAUAUGAUAAUGAUUAUCGUAUUUUUGGUUUUAAA